ACGGGGACCUGGUUCCCUCCCCCUGGUGCUGUGGCUUUCGCUUUCACUUCCUUGUCGGAGGGAGAGUCGACGGAGCUCCCGGGCUGAGCGGUCAUGGCGUUACUGGAUCUGUGCGGAGCUGCUCGGGGCCAGCGGCCCGAGUGGGCAGCGCUGGGUACGGACAUCGGGCAUCGCUCAGACCCGGGGCACUACAGUUUCUCUGCGCAGACUCCGGAGCUCGCACUUCCCCGGGGGAUGCAGCCCACUGAAUUCCUGAGGUCCUUCGGUAGUGACCAGGAAAGGAAUGUUCAGAUUGAGAUGGCCCAUGGCACGACCACGCUGGCCUUCAAGUUCCAGCACGGAGUCAUCGUGGCCGUGGACUCCCGGGCCUCUGCUGGGAGUUACAUUGCCACCCUGAGGGUGAACAAGGUGAUCGAGAUCAAUCCUUACCUGCUUGGCACCAUGUCCGGCUGUGCCGCCGACUGUCAGUACUGGGAGAGGCUGCUGGCCAAGGAAUGCAGGCUGUACUAUCUGCGGAACGGGGAGCGCAUCUCUGUGUCUGCGGCCUCCAAGCUGCUUUCCAACAUGAUGAUCCAGUACCGGGGCCUGGGCCUGUCCAUGGGGAGCAUGAUCUGCGGCUGGGACAAGAAGGGACCAGGACUCUACUACGUGAAUGAAAACGGAACCCGGCUCUCCGGACAGAUGUUCUCCACCGGCAGCGGGAACACCUAUGCCUACGGGGUGAUGGACAGCGGGUACCGGCCGGACCUCAGCCCCGAAGAGGCCUACGACCUCGGCCGCAGGGCCAUCGUCUAUGCCACCCACAGAGACAGCUAUUCUGGGGGAGUCGUUAACAUGUACCACAUGAAGGAAGACGGUUGGGUGAAAGUGGAGAGCUCGGAUGUCAGUGACCUGCUGCACAAAUACCGAGAGGCCAAGCAGUGACGGCGGCAGCUGGACAGGCCUCCUGGGUGCUGGUGAGCCUGGUGAACUCAAGGAUGUGCUCCAGCUUCAGUCCCAGGAGAAAGAAGGGCCCGAGCAGAAAGCUCCAGGCCUUGGGGACAGCCAGGCUCACCCUGUCUGGCAGCCAGCACCCCAUCCCCGGAGACCUUCUAAAUAACAAUAAAAGAAAACGGUUAUGCUUG